UUUAUUUUCUCUCUGUUCUCUUUCUCUCUAUUCACUCAAUUCUUCAACCCUUCUUCAACUUUCAAUUUGCUCUUGCACGUAAAACCACUUCCCCCUUUUUUAUCCUCCAACGCCAACUCGUGACCGCUAAAUUUUUUUUUCAAAAUUUAAAAGGAAAAGAGAGAAAAACAAAAAAUGGAUUUGGCCAAAAAGAGAAUGACAGAAAAGAAAAAAAAUUAGCAGAAGACGAACGUUUAUAUAUAUAUAAAAGUGCAAGUCAGACACACUAGCCAGCUGGCAACUAUUCUAUAUGAAAAUGAAGACAGACAACAAAAAAUGGCCAUCCUUUUUUUUUUCUUUAACAUUCGUUUUGUCCAUAAAAUAAACUCUCUUGAAUUUUUUAGGGAUAAAAGUAAAAAAUAGAAAAGAGAAAUGCAGACUGCAACCACACAUCAGUUGAUUCUCGAUGCCCUUUCCAGUCACAUUCUUUGCUUUUUAUCUUCUUUUCCUUUUAUUUUUUUAUCUUCCAACCUCUCCUCUCUUUUUACCUUUUUAGGUCCAAUCCCGCAAAGUCAGAAAGAGCCAAAGCCCUUUACCACCACCGACCCACUCUUUAGCAAAACACCGACCGGCUGUGCACGUCUAUACACAUACAUACAAAUUUGCUAAAAUAUACAUACACAUUUUUGCAUUUACUCGGCUAAUGUCAGUCAUUCCAUGUCAUUUUUUUGUGAACUUGCAAAUAAAAAUAGUUGAGAAUACAUAUAUUGC